CGAUGAACAGAAGUAUGCCGUCAAGGAACAAUAAUAUAUCGCAUUUAACACAUGGUAUGAGGUUAUCUUUCGGCGAGAGAGAAAAACAAAAAAAUGGCUAAAAAGAUGAUAAACUGCGGUAUGAAAGGAUGAUUGAACGAUUUGCAGUAAAAAUGGAUGAUGAAGCGCAAACAAAUCCUCUGAUAAAAAUGAUAGUUUGCAAAUUUUGAACUGAAAAUACGCUCGUUUAACACGUUCUAAGUUGUUUACGUUAAUGAGUGCCGGUACUGUUAUAGGUCAUAGCACCAGAAUUGAUAACGAAUGUUAUGAUUUGCUUAUCAUGUUUCUCUUCAUCCUAGUCUGCUUCUCGUCUCAAGAGCAGGAAAAUAACUCUUUACACAGCACUGCCACAUCACUUUUGAGAACGUAUGGUUCUUCCCCUUUUUUACAAAAGCUUUCCAUUCACACUCUCGUACACCAACAAACGGUUUCUUAUUUUUUUCAACCAAUUACGUGUCUCUUGUCACGUUUUUAUAGAAAUGUUCGCAGAACCCUGGCAAUGAAAUUAAAGGACAUUCAUGAAACACUAAAAAUUACAAAAACGGCUGCCAACACGUUCACUCUGAGCUUAAAUGACAAGAAGUACCAGAUAUUUACGAAUGAAGAACGAACACUUGAUGAAAUACUGGAGAAAAUACGCGGCAUGCCUGGCAGCACAGAUGAGAUACAAUUAGAACAUAAUGAAUAUAUUCGAAGAACGGCAGAGCAUAGGAGCAUACUGGAAAGACAGAGAAACGAAGAAUUAGAAGAUAUAAAUCGUAUGCAGCGAACGGUCGGAUAUGGUAAUUUGAGAAGCGAACACAACGAACGUGAACAAAUAAAGCGCCAAAGCAUGCGUGAAGGCGUCAAUUCGCAUGAGCCAGAAGAUGUUCAGAGACGGACAAUCGCGUCCAUUGAAAAACAGCAUCAUGGCAAUUCUCGCUCGGCACAUGACCCUAUCAGCAUACAGCCACCGGGUGCAGACAAAGACCUUUACCCCGGUGUAUCGCGAAUAACAUCCAAAACUGGCGAAAAGGGCGGAGGAAUGUUCAUGGGUGAGGAUGAUCCGUUUUUUAGGCACCAAAUGGAUGAACAAAGUGAUGAUGAUCCAGCGAAUCCUUUUUCUAGGUACGAUCCGAUAUUUCCUACGAAAAAUAAGAAAAAGAAAGGACCUGAUCCCGAUCAUCUGCGCAAGCCUGGUGGAAAUGGCGACAUCUUUUAGGCAAUACUAACCGGUGGCUGUGGUAAGCAUGUAAUAAAGUAUGAUAUGUUGAUUUA